UGCAACCCGUCUCUGCCUCCUUUUAAUCGAUUUUUAUCUUUAUUUUGUUAUUAGUUGCAUUUCAACUCACGCUAAUUACUUCACACACAUCUAUUUUCCGUUUUCGCAAAAGAAAUGGCAUCUGCAACGCAACCCGACGUCGACCUGGUGUUCGAGGGUUUCGACACAACAAACGAGCCCGAAGACAGUCUGCACAUUAACGAGCACGGCACAGCCGCCGACUACACAGACGACUACACAGACGACUACCCCAGGGAACUCCCGGACAUGCAAAGCGACGAGAUAAUCAAAGAGCUCGAGCAUGAGCAGCUGGAGAACUACGAGCAGCAUGAGUCGGCGCUCCUGGAGCUCGACUCAGAGAUCAACGGCUGCGAUGAGGUCCUCGAAAACAUGGAGAAGCUCCUGGUCAACUUUAAAUCCACCCUGGGGGCGAUCAACAAUGAUAUCCAGGCGCUGCAGAGCGACUCGUUGUCGAUGAGCAUGCGAUUGAAGAACCGCGUGAUGGCCGAGAAGCAGCUCGAGAGGGUCAUUCAGGGCGUUGUCGUGCCGCCGGCCGCCGUGCGCGUCAUCUGCGACAGCGAGGUCAACGAGAAGUACCUGGAGAGCCUGAUCGAGGUCAACAAGCGCAUCGCAUACAUGCGGGUGCACAGCAAGCAGAACCGCAAGCUCAGGGCGUUCCAGGAGAUCCAGCCCGAGCUCGACCGCCUGUGCCUGCGCGCAUCCACCAACGCGCACGUCAUGCAGUCGUCGGUGUUUGUAAAGUAUCGAUUCUUCAACCACUUCCUGAUCGAGCGCCAUCCGGAGGCUGCUGUCGAAGUACGAGACACGUACAUUCACAUUAUGCGCCAAUACUACCUGGACCAUUUCGAGGCGUACCAGCGCGGGCUGAUGCGGCUCGAGCGGACAAUCGCCGACAAGGCCGAUGUCAUUGGCAUGGAGGAGCACACGGGCAAGCUGAGUCUGUUUGGGUCGGCGAAGCCGGUUGUCCGCGACAAAACCAACGUGUUCAACCUGGGCUCGCGCGCAGCCAUCUUGGACUCCAGCGACUCGCGCGCUCUCCUACAACUGGCACUCGCUGAUAAUGCUACGACAGAGUACGAGUUCAUCAUGCAGUUCUUUGUCAGCCCCAAAGCGCGCCAGAAGAUCACGGGCUCGGACAUGGCGCGCAUGGUCUUCAACCAUAUAUUCGAGCCCAGCGUGCGCGCUGGCGAGCUCUUCGCCAAGGCUUACCUGGAGACCACGUACGAUGCUUUGGGCGUUCUGCUGUGCGUCCGCAUUAUUUCGCAGCUGGCCGGCGACCUGCAGAGGCGCAGGGUUCCGGUGCUGGACUCAUACGUCAAUGCAAUGAACAUGCUGCUGUGGCCGCGCUUCCAGGCCAUCCUGGACAGCCACAUUGAGAGCGCCAGGCGCCUGGCUGCGUCGCAUAGGAGCAAGCCCAAGGUGGAUACUCAGCCCCCAGCCAUUGUGCGGCGCUACGCCGAGCUGGCUGCCUCGCUGCUGCGCCUCAACAUUGGGUAUAACACCCACGUGGUGGCGCUCAGCCUCGCGCGCCUGCGCACCGAGGUUCAGGCCUACCUAACGCGCGUAGCCGAGAGCAGCGUCGAUAAGCACGCGGCACUGGUGUACCUGAUUAACAGCUACGAUCUCCUGCUGACCGUGCUGUACGAGAACGGCUUUGGCGAGCGCGAGGAGGAAGUCAGCAGCUGGAAGAGGGAGUUUGGCUCGACCGUGCUGGCGUUUGCAGAGUCUGAGCUAGAGAAGCACUUUGGGUACCUCAAGCUGUUUGUUGUCGAGGCCGAGCAGCAAUCGGAUAUUGGCCAGGUCAGCGCUGAUGGUCUGGGCCGUGUGGUUGCUGUGUUCAAUGGCGAGUGGAGGGCACAGAUUGCCGCCAUUAACUCGUCGAUUAUUCAGAGCUUUUCGAACUUUCGCACGGGUACCGAGAUUCUGCAUGCCGUUUUGGGCCAGCUCAUCAUUUACUACACGCGCUUCCACAGCCUGUACGACAAGCUGCUUGCCCGGCGCGCCAGCUCCAGCGGCAUGCCGCAGCCAGUUGGCGUGCAGAACGUCAUGGUGAGAUUAAAAAGUACCGAAACAACUUUUAGCAAUGAAGCCGAAAGGAAAAAAACCUCAACAUGACCACUAGUUUAUUAUAACACCCCCUGUAUGUAAGUUUUUUUUUAAAGCGCAAUAUCAGAACAAAGGAACACUGGGACACCUUUAUCUGUCUGCUCUGAAUUAUAAACU